CAGGUCGGAGCUUCUGGCACCUACCGGAAGGACAGCGGGAUAGAUGAGAUCCUAGUUAACGACAGGCAGACUGAAGAACGUAGUAUCCCUUGGGGUGAGAUGCAUUAUAUCCCCACUAUCGAUCGGAAGAUUAACCAGUUCACCUGGAAGGAUGACGCCCUUGUAUACUUAUUAACAACAGUUUUCCGACAGGGCCGGGAUGUUAUCCACAGCCAGAACACGUAG